GUCAAAUCCCUUCCAGAAAUGACAAAUUUCUCCUCUCUUGGUCUAACUUAUCCUUCCAUAAUACACAGAAAAGAAAAGACAUCAUUAUAUUUCUCUAACCGAAACACGCAAUGUUCCAUGAAUUGUUCAAACCUCUAGACCACGCUCAAAAGUCGUCUUCCAUAUGCAUCCAUCAAUAAAUCCCUCAAUCCAUGAGGAUCAAACCAAAUACAGCGUAUCGCCAUGAAGAAAUUUCCGAGAUGCUUGCGCAGAGUGUCCGAAUUCCGUUCACUUGGACGCGUGAAAUUGACGGUUCUGUUCACAGCAAUCGUGUGUGUGAUUCUAUUCAUGGUCUCAUCGGACAAUGUGGUUAGCAGUGUCUCACUACGUGAAGUCUUCAUUUCGGAAGAGGCCACUCCAAGACCUGAGGUCCGUGCACUGCGUACAACGACUUCUGGGAAGCUGCAGCUCCAUUCCGUGCAUGAACGGACCGAAGGACGGCGAGGGGAUGGUUUGGAAGUUUCGCUCCCGCUGAUCGCUCCUCUGAAUAUGGCGGAUCAGGAAAGGAUGGCAUGGCUGAGGAAGAACUUGCAGGAGUUCGACAUAUUCAAGUCUGACAACUUGACCAGGAAAUUCCAUGGUCAGGUCAUGAAGUUCUUUGCCAGCGACUGUGGCGGAACGUUCUUUAUGACUUGGAUUUCGCCGGCACGAUUUUUCGGUAGUAGAGAGCUCCUGGCUGUGGAAAGUCUGUUCAAAACGAAUCCUGGUGCUUGCCUGAUCAUCCUAUCGAGAACACUGGACUCCAGAGCUGGGCACGAGGUUCUGAAACCGAUAACUAAUCGCGGCUGCAAGGUAAUUCCCCUUGCACCCGACUUACCUUCUCUGUUCCAGAAGACCCCAGUGGAGGUUUGGUUCGAUGAGCUCAGGAGCGGGAAGGUUGAUCCUGGGGAAAUCCCCCUAGCCCAGAAUCUAUCGAACCUCAUCCGACUCGCGGUGCUUUACAAGUACGGAGGAGUCUAUUUGGACACGGACUUUAUAGUCUUUCGGGACUUUACCCAGCUGAGAAAUUCGAUCGGAGCACAGAGUGUUGACCCGGUCUCAGGCAACUGGACCAGGAUCAACAAUGCAGUGAUGGUCUUCGACCGGCAUCAUCCCCUUUUGGUGAAGUUCAUGAGGGAGUAUGCUUCCACCUUUGAUGGAAACAAGUGGGGACAUAACGGUCCCUACUUGGUGUCCAGGGUUGUGGAGAAAAUUCAGGAGAGGAGACAGAGAGGCAGCUACGCGAUCAACUUCACGGUUCUAUCCCCGAUGGCGUUCUAUCCUGUUGGGUGGACGAGGAUCGGCGGUCUCUUCGAGCAGCCCAAGAGUCGGUUCCAUGAGAGGUGGGUCGAGGCUAAGGUGGCUCAAUUGAGUGGUGUUGGAACCUAUGGGGUGCAUCUGUGGAACAAGCAGAGCAGAGGAUUUAGGAUUGAAGAGGGGAGUGUCCUGGGAAGAUUGAUCUCGAAUCACUGCAUGAUUUGCGAAGGCAUAUACAGAAAUCCUACUGGAAGUUCGUCACUUCAAUAGAUGCAAUGACAGAUCCAGGAUCGGGAACUUGGAAGGUGACUAUGGUUACCGAAUAACUUGUGCAUACAGUUUUCAAGAAUCCGGUUUAGUUCUUCCAGUUGAGCUAGAAUAUGUGACGGAUACCGGAUUGGAGAAUGAAGAACCCAGUCAUGGAAAUUUCUUGAUACAAGAUACCUGAUUCCGAAUUCGAGUUAAACAGCGAAUGCAAAAUUAUAGUUUUCCUAGUAUGCCGGUAAAUCUGCCUCCUCCAGCCUCCUCAUCGUCCAAUACAGAUGAAAUAGUUGAUUGCUUCAGUCCUACGUAAGAUGGAUCAUCAGACUACCUGCCUUUAAGGUUGUUCUUAGUGUAUUACCUUCACCAUAGCCAUUAUUUCAUUGUAAAUUUCAAUAGCCGGGAGAAUAAUUGAUGGCAUCAACUUAUAACUCUGUUAGCUCAAGCUAAUCUUUGUGCA